AUGGAAACUACUAAGAAAUGGCUAGAUGGAGAAUCUUUCUUUACGGGUCCUUUAAUUUUUCUUAUGGUAUCCUUUUUUGAUCGGGUACAAAGGAAGGGGUUAGAGAUACCACGUCAAGUUCCAUUAAUAUCAUUGUGGAACCAAGAAAGGUUCCAUACAAGAUUGAAGUUUGAGAAAGACCUUGGAUUUGGAAAAGGAAAAGUACUAGAAAGAAUGAAAUUGAAUGUGGGAUUGGAAAAAAGGCAAGAGAAUGACAAAGGCAAGAAGAAAGAGCAACCCUUGACAAUUAGAGAAAAACAAGGGGAGAAGAAAGUAAUAAAAAAGCAAGGGAAAGACAAAGGAAAAGAGAAAGUUGUGGAAAACCAAUCAAUGACAUGUGAUUCUAUCACGUCUCCAAAUGAUAUGAUGGGUUUUUUAAGCAAAUUUGGAGAUUUGGCAAAAAGUCUUGCAUCGAAUGUAAAAGAGAUGUAUAGCAUGUUGGAACAAGCAAAGGAUAUCUUUGUUGAGGAAGAAACAACGGGGAAAAUGCAUCAUCUUAUAGACAACAUUUGGUGCAAGUAUACCACAAAGCCAUUGGUAAAUCAAGAAGAAGAAAAGCAACAGACAAAAAGUCCUUCCAUACUUAGUCAAGAUCAACAUUUCUUCGAUGAACCGACAUUCAUAGAAGAAUUGGAUAUGUUGAUGAACAUAGCAUGGAAGAAAUUUAAUGUUGAAUAG